AUGACAGAACACGCCUACCUCGAUUUUGCUAUAAAUCCUUUAAAUUCGUACUAUAUCCACCCUAGCGAAAACCCUACCCUUAUCCUUGUUACCUCACUUCUUGAUAGCAAAAAUUAUCUUUCAUGGGCUCGUUCUAUGAAGAUUCAACACCAAACUGGAAAUGGACGUGGCUCACAACCUUCUUCAUACAGAAGCAGAGUUGAGACCUGUUUUGUCAAGCAUGGAUACCCUCCCGAUUUUCAACAUCGACCCAAAGCGCCUUCUAUCAACUCCAUAUCUGCAGAAACUUUCACAUCCUCUACCACCGCACCAUCUGUUCAAGACCAAUGUGGUCAACUUAUUUCUCUACUACAACAACAUCUCAACAAUUCUACUAUGCAGGCUCAAACUCCCCUAGAAUCUGAUAUCAACUCAAUCAUUUCUUCCACUGGUAAUGUCAAUACUAUCUCUUCUUCUAUGGAGUUUGUCCCAGAAAACGACUGGUAUAGCUAA